AUGGCGGUCUGCCAGCCAUUCUUGUACAAGUACGGAGCCGGAAAAGAUGUCGUUGCCGAUGGAAUCGGCGUGGAAGAUAUCGUGAGAGUCGGAUUGGUAUGCUUCCCAUCUUCCCAGGGUGAGAGAUCAUGCUGACCUGCCGAAGUGGGUGUAUGUUGGUGAGCCAUUCUACACUGUCGGUACCUUCUCGAUGAAGAUUGCUAUGGUUCUGCUCUAUUUGCGGAUGUGAGUCACUCUGCAAUCCCCGCAGUGAUCGCCGCACGAAGAAUGGUGAACUGACGUAACAUACAGGUGGGAAUCAAACACUGGAUUUCGUAAGGCUUGCUACGUGACCCUGGUGCUACUCGCGAUAAAUACCAUUGGAUUCGCUGUUGGCGCCAUCUUUCUCGCCUGGCCAAAAAAUUACUAUGUGAGAGUUGAGAGCGUCAAUAAUCAAUGCUUGAUGCUAAUGUUCCCAGAUUGGUGAUUCGGCCAUGGUUCGGCACUACGCGCAUAGCAUAGACAUUGUUGGCGGAUUUUUGGCUCUUACAGGGCUCAAUAUCGCCAUGGACAUCUGGGUGAUUCUAUUGCCCCUUGUGAAACUGGUUACGCUCAGAGGUAUAACAAGAAGUCGCAAGGUUGGGUAGGUUGUCUCGCCAGAGAAGUGUUCAAGACACGCCUCGCAUUCAAUUUGCUAAUACAUGCCCUAUUCAGGAUUUGUGUCACCUUCCUUCUCGGUUUCGUCGUAACGGCCUGCAACGUUGUUCGCAUAACACGCAUUGUGCCACUCAGGAACUCCGUCAACUUCACUCGGGACAUUGGAAGUUUAGCCCUUUGGAGCGAGGUCGAAGUAAACUUGAGUUUCGUCACCGCCAAUAUUCCCGCUCUUGCGGGACUUUGGCAUCGACUGACGAACACAAAGCGUCGAAGUUUGAGGACCACCAGCGGGACUCUUCCGAGCUCGUCGGAUUCCACGAUACAGAUGUCAUCGACCACGCCAGAAGAGCCUGUCCGGCCUGAAUCUGCGUCUUCCGAAGACGACUCCUCUGGUAGCAAUAUGAACAAGGGCGGAGUGGCUUAUUCUGCAUUCGCUACGCCUCCCAUAAAGUGA